CCCCUUCCAAAAGACGUCAAGAUGGCCGGACUGGGCAUGAGUCUCUUCCCGCUGGACGAACUCGGUGGCCAGCUCUUCAGGAUUUCCAGGAGCAUCUACAAGGCGGCGCGUGGUCGCAAGAUCGUCGGUCAGGAGAUGCGCUGCGCGGCUGACGGCCUGCGCGUGGCCGCGACCGCCAUUCGAUCUUCCAUUCAGAGCCUGCAGGAGCAGCUGGCAGAGAACGGGGAGCUGCCUGUCUUCCGCCAGUUGCAAAAAGACAAGACACUGAGAUCCAUCAACGCCACGGCCACGUACCUCACGAAGCGCCAAAAGGAGCUUGCGCCGGCCCUGAACGAAGAGAUUCAGACAAGAGUCAGCUUUCUGGAAUCAUACAGAUGGCUACUUCAUCUACGACCAGAGCUCGACCGCCACCGCCAGGCCGUCGAACAGAUACAGACCAGUCUUCUUGUUAUCACGAACAACGUCCUACUAGACCUGAAUAUGCGUGACUAUCGAAACACAGCCGACUUGACAUUCAAGAAGCGACUGGAAUCAGAAAAGUACGUCCAGUUCUUCAGUCCGAUGUGGCACAAUUUGAUGCCACGGAACCGAAACAGUGACCUGACCUAUGCAAUCUUGUGUGACAGCAAGCGGCUGCGGCGGGAAUUGAAGAAUCUCAAGCGACAAGCCAAGAUACAGGCACGGUCGGCCGAAAUGUACGACAUAUUUCCCGACAUGCCAAAUGCAAGAUUUCAAUCCGCGAUGCACACUUUGCUCAAGAUGGCGGACCGGAUCAGCCAAAGUGAUGCCGGGCCAGCGCAGUCGAACGCCACGACCCGCCACCCUGAUCCCCUAGGGACGAGGAGCAGAGACACUACUGGGGAUAAAUCUGGACUCGAAGAUCCUAGGGAACGUCAGGAGCACAAUGCGAAUCGAGUCGGCGGUGCAAUAAUUGACCCCCUUUCUGCGACUACCAUGGCACAGUCACCCACCGUGGUCGGAAGCAAUGAUUCUGGCAGGCGUACAAAAGGGUUAUCUGCCGCAAGGAAAUCGCGUAUCAAAACUAUACCCGACAAGGACAUUUGUAUAGUUCCCGUGGAGCCCUGUAAGCGGGUGACCGCCUACGUAUCAAGGCCAGGCCUGCAUGAGGCGGCAAGACCUGUCAACGCGAUCCUGGACCCCAGUCUGGAGUUCAAUCUGAUCAGCUUGAGGACGGCACGGGACCUGGACCUCAAGAUACGCGAGCGUGGUACCCAUGGACCCGUGCGGAUCUCGCUGUAUCCGAAUGGUAUCCAUGUCGUCGUGGGCGUCGCACGAAUGCAGUGGAGUGGCUCUACCAGUCGCGGAACUGUGAGGCAUGAGUUUCUGGUAUAUGCGGACAACAAGCCUGCCAUGGCUCUUGGCCAGCCAUAUCUCAGCGGUUGGAACCGGCUAUGGGGGGAUGCAAUCGACGAGAGGAGGCAUGAAUGGGCUUCCGAGGUGGCGGCCGAGUGGGAAGCGAUAGCUGGUUCCGUCAAGGCGCACAGCACGCUUCUCAAGUUCUCGAAUAUCAAUCCUACUUUUUAGUUCGACGACAAGGCCCGGGUAGGCUAUAUGCAGGGGUCGCAGAGAGGUGGGAAGUGAUGGCGAGAAAUCACAGGACAAUGCACCCGUA